AUGUCAGCAUUCAAAAUCGCCUCUGCGCUUCGGACAUUGCCCCGCCAGGCUGCGCUCGCCCGGUCGGCACGGAGAGGAUAUGCCGAUGUGGCGGAUGGAAAGCUCUCGCUGAGCUUGGUGUUGCCUCAUCAGUCCCUCUACUCCUCCACUGGUGUCGUCCAGGUAAACAUCCCCGCCGCCACUGGUGAUAUGGGUGUGCUCGCCAACCACGUUGCCUCGAUUGAGCCCCUCCGACCGGGCGUGGUGGAGGUUAUUGAGGAGAACGGGCAGCAGGCGAAGAAGUGGUUCGUCUCCGCCGGCUUCGCCACCGUCCACGGAAACAACUCGCUCACCAUCAACGCCGUCGAGGCAUACCCCCUUGACAAGUUCUCGGCAGAGAGCGUCCGUGCCGGUCUUGCCGAUGCCAACCGCGUGCUCAGCUCAUCCGCCCCCGACGUGGAGAAGGCCGAGGCGAGGAUCGAGAUUGAGGUGUUUGAGGGCUUGCAGGCUGCUAUGGCCAAGUAG